AUGUCACUUUACCAGGGGAAGACCGUGCUGGCUCCGAUGGUGCGUGUCAGUAGCGUGGGGUUUCGCGUGUUCUGUGCGGCACAAGGGGCGGAUGUUGUGUUCUCCGAAGAGGUUGUGGCAGCCAAGUUGGGACGUUGCCGUCGCGAGGUUCGUGUGCACAAUGAUGCUGUGGGACGCAUGAUUGAGUUUGUGGCGUACGAGCCCUUUAAGAAUCAGUACAAGAGAAAUGUUGUGUUCACCACACCGGCACGGGCAUCUGCCAAUCAAACCAGCGAAGGUGCUCCAGUCGUGUUACAGCUCGGCGUUUCAAGUGCUGCGGUAGGGGCGGCUGCGGCCUUGUUGUGUUGCGAGGACGUGGAUGGCAUAGAUGUUAACAUGGGGUGCCCCAAAAAGUUCAGUGUUGCCAAUGGAAUGGGAGCUGCACUAAUGCGGGACACCUUCAGGGCGGCGGCUAUCUUGCUUGCCAUGGACGCUGCCGUUAACGCUCCUGACAGGUUAACCGCCCGUGGUCGACGUGUGCCACUGAGCUUUAAGGUCCGACUUCUGGAGACGUCGGAGGCGACGGCAGACAUGCUGAUUUCUAUUAUGGAAAAGGUGGGGCCCAAUCGCGUCCACGCCGUGACUCUCCACGCCCGUACAGUGGACCAGACAUCGGAAACGCCACCGCAUUAUGAUCGAGCAGCAGAAACUGUGAACCGACUUCGCAGCCACCCGUUAUUUAAGGAAAUGUGUUUUGUCCUUAACGGGUCGGUGAGAUCCCGUGAGGACGGUGCGGCCAAAAUGGCAAAGUUUGGAUUUGAUGCGGUCAUGCUUGCACGUCAUGCGAUGUGGGAUAUGUCAGUGUUUUCUUCCAAGGUUUCCUCUGUGGGGGGACACAGUGCUUUGGGCAGUGAAGCUGGUGAGUUGCCAUGGGCGUACGCGUCGUGGAUGGAUUUGUACAGAGAUUUGCUUCGAUGCCAUGCUAGGUACUGCACACCCUUCACCUUCGUCAAGUAUCAUCUUACCCGCUCCAUCUCGUGCAUUCCUGCAAUGAGGCACUUGAUGGUUGCUGUCCAGCGGGACGCCAACUGCUACGCGGAUGUGGCGAGAAUCCUCGCAAUGCCAGUGGAGGAGCAGGCGUCAAUGCGUGGGGCCAAUGCGCUGGAGUUAGUUUCUUGUGUCCCGAAGGGGGAACUUACAUUGGACGCUGCGACUCCCGGAAACGGUGAUGUAGCAGGCAGCGAACGAGGGCAAGGUGACGAAGGCGCAGCAGCUCCAAUGCUCAAGAAAAGAAAGAGGCAGUGA